AUGGUAGUGGAUGAUUACAUUAUGAGUGUCACUUUUGGUAUAUACACGACACUCCUGGUCCUCAUCAAUAUAUCCUCCCACUACAACACCAACCUUUUCCCUUCCGAACAGCUCCCGCAGAUACUGGCCGACCCCAAGGACGUGGCAAAUCGGGUAUAUGGCAGCAAAAUCGUGAUUGGCCUAGAACAAUGCAUGCUCCUCUCGACAUGGGGUGUCAAGACAUGUCUCGUUGCCAUGUAUUGGAAGUUAACGAAGAUGGUGAGCUGGCAUCUCUUCGUUAAACUCCUCGCCGGCUAUGUCGCCCUGGGAUUCGUUGUCAUUGAGAUUACCUACUUCGCCGUAUACUGUCGACCUUUCUCGGAAUAUUGGGCCGUUCCCCCCCAGAACCCGCAGUGCGCAACCUACCAACACUAUUCCAUCACACAGGCGGUGUUCAACCUCUCGUCGGAUGCGUGCAUGUUGGCCAUCCCAAUUCCCCUACUGAAAGGCACACAGAUGCCGCUGCGCAAGAAGAUUCUCCUCGUGAGCGUCCUCGGUCUGGGAGUGUUUGUGAUGGUCGCCGCCAUCCUAAACAAAUAUUUUAAUUUUCACUCGCCGCUUACAACUAUCUAUCAGCUCUGGUAUAUUCGUGAAGCUAGCACCGCCAUCUAUGUGGCCAACCUCAUGUGCUGGUGGCCCUUACUACGCAAGGUUUUCGGCAAGGCCUUGACACAGUACCAUAGUGGAUACGCUGCGAAGAACGGGCAUCGAUCACAUCCCACCGGUGUUCUUUCAAGGGGGACCGGCUCCACAAAGCCUUCGGCCGAUCGCAAAUACUUGGCACCAUCGAGUUCUAAACGAUGGUGGCAGUCCAAGGGCCUUGGCGAGUCCUCGUCUCAAAUGCUUACGACAUCAACUAGCCAAGAAGCGAUCAACCUACCUGUUCUUGACCCUCAACCGGAAGGGCAAUUGGAGAUAUGGCGUAAAGUGGACUCUAAUAUUGAAGGAAGCUAUGAGGCGAAGAAAUAA